GAGCCUUGUCACGGCCUGCUGUCUUGGAUAUUGGGGAUGGGACAGUUUAUCAUCAGAGUUGCAUCUUCAACCCCGAGAACAUCUUCAGGUCGUUCUCAGGGUGUUGUGGAUAUUGAGUCAUUUCUUGAGCCAGUUAUUCUUGAGCCCGGUCGGAGCAAUGGCCCUACUCAUUGCAAUUUUGACUGUACGUGCCCGCCUAACAAUUCACCAUCCCCAGGCGUGCGUGCAAUGAUGUCUGGCCCGAGUGGAUCCAAUGGCUUACCAAGGAGGGUUCCUUCUGGUAAUGCAGCAUUGCAAUCCGAACAAUUGCAAUUUAACGUGCCUCCGAAUGCUAGCGCUCCAGUCGACAGGCAGCACCAGGAAUUGCCUUCAAUUGUUCAACCUGAAACCAAUAAUGUUUCACCUUCGGAGAAUUCUCCGAAUAACAUUGAUCCUUCUCUAAAAUAGUAAGAUUUCGGCCAUUUUUUACUACAAUGAAGAUUGGGGGAUUGUGAGAGGAAUGAAUACAGGUGUAGUGGCGGGUUUGAAAGAGACAUGAACUUGUACCUUAAGAAAUGAUUUGCAGAUAC